AUGCGUAUCUUCAAAAGGCUUGAGGCCGCAAUAAUUGCCGCGCUUAUGGGUCGUACUUUGGCCAUUCCCAUCCUUGUCCACCCUGGUGGGGCGAAUGAUCUUGUCCUCACGUCGCAAGAUACUCUCAACGAGACAAUCUCCACCAACGGGCCUUACCAGGAUGGUCCUUUGUCAGCUGGUGAUGCUGAGCAGCUCUCAGUCUCUGUGUACAACAAUUUCCAGAGCGAUUCCGUCAAUGUCUAUAUCACUGGACUAGACUCCAAUGGGGACAUUGUCUGUCUUACAUCUAGUGGAAGUUGGUAUACUCCAUCAGGAGAUAGCAGUUCCACAACUCCCCAAGAAAUCACGGAAGACAUUGCCAUCCCUAUUGGUGCUUAUGGAACAACUACUUCCUUCACCCUCCCGAGCUUUUUUUCCUCAGGUCGCGUCUGGGUGGCAGAUGGUGCCCUGACAUUCUGGACUGUGAUAGCUGCCACAGGUGUUCUAUCUCUUGUUGAGCCAUCUGCAGUCAACCCGGAUGAUCCGAGUGCAAGCGUCAACUGGGGCUUCGUCGAGCUCACAACAGAUUCGAGCGGUGUUACGAUCAAUCUGAGCUAUGUCGACUUCGUUGGUCUCCCGCUUGGUAUCGAGGUACAGGGCAGUGAUGGCACCCAAACAGCUCUCGGUGUGUCAGCAAAUGCUUUAUCAUCCAUCUGCAGUGAUUUGACUGCACAAGCAUCCUCAGAUGGACAGCCCUGGAACGAACUCUGCAUGACAGAUAGUGGCGGCAAUGUCCUCCGCGUUAUCGCUCCUUACGACUACAUAAGCCUAAAUCCGGACGCCUUUGAUUCCUACUGGACGAGCUACAUCUCUCAGGUCUGGUCUCAAUAUGAGACCACGCCCCUGACAAUUGACACCCAGACUGCAGCGGGUCUGGUAAACUGUACAGUUUCAGGCGAUACUUUGACCUGCGCGGGCGACAACCGAGGCUAUGAACAGCCAGCCGCCAGCGAUAUCUUUGGUUGCAACAGCGGCCCAUUUGCAAUCGAGUCAAGUGACAAUGACGUCCAUCGAGCUGUUGUUCCGCGUCUCUGCGCCGCAUUUGACCGGUCGUCAUUUUUAGUCACCGGGGGUAAUGUGCAGCCGAGCGGCGAUUCAAGCUCUUACUACACAACAACACCGACAAAUUACUACAGCAAGAUUGUGCACCAGUAUGAGGUGGACGGGAGGGGAUAUGCCUUUGCGUAUGAUGAUGUGACUCCUGAUGGCGCGCCAAAUGCCUCUGGUCUUAUUAAUGAUCCGAACCCCACACUUCUCACAAUCACUGUUGGAGGACCAACGUCUUGA